AUGAGAAAAGCUAAUAAAAAAUUGCAAGGACGAAGAGAGAUAUCACAAGCUGCUAUUAAAGGAUAUUUAGCAGUACUUAAGUAUACUGGUGAUUACCCCUGUCGACGUAUUUUCACUAUUACUCAACUUACCGAUGAAGAAAUUAUUCGAGAUGAAAUUUAUUGUCAGUUAAUGAAGCAAUUAACAUAUAACUAUAAUUUGGCAAGUUUGGAGCAUAACUGGGAGCUAAUGUGGUUAUGUACAGGAAUUUUCCCACCAAGUCAAUUUCUUCAAAAAGAAGUCGAAUUAUUUUUCAAAACUCGGCAGCAUCCUUUAGCUCUACAGUGUUAUAUUAGACUUCGAAGAAUUCAACGAAGUGGAUGUCGAAAAUUUCCACCACAUGACGUUGAAGUAAAAGCAAUUCGACAGCGUACUGUGCAAAUUUUCCAUAAAGUAUUCUUCCCGGAUAAUACAAAUGAAAUUGUGGAAGUCGACUCAACAACAAAAGCUCAAGAUUUUUGCAAUCGUAUUGGAACACGUUUAGCUCUUAACUCAGUAGAAGGAUUUGCAUUAUUUGUUAAAGUUAACGGCAGAGUGAUCUCAGUGCCUGAUAAUGAAUUUUUCUUUGAUUUUUUGCAACAAUUAUUUGAAUGGAUGCAUCCCAAACAUGGAACUGUAUAUAACUUUUCUUAUCAAAUUUUCUUCAUGAAAAAGUUGUGGAUUGGUACAAUACCCGGGAAAGAUCGUAUUGCUGAUUUAAUUUUCCAUUAUCCGCAGGAACUACCCAAGUACUUGCGUGGUUAUCAUGCAGUGACACGACAACAAGCAGUAGAUAUAGCAGCAGUAAUUCUACGUGCUCGUACGCGCGAUGAUAAAUCAGCACCAUUAUCUCAAUUGACACAAAUCAUCUCAAAUAUUGUCCCACGUGAUAUGAUCAAAAUAUAUAAUGGUGCUGAUUGGAAAAAGCAUAUAACAACUGCUUAUACUGGUCGCUACGAGAAUAUGCCAUCAAGCGAUGCAAAAAUAUAUUUUUUGAAAAUAAUCUCAGAAUUGCCAACAUUUGGUUCAACCUUUUUUGAGGUCAAGCAGUCAUCAGAUUCAGCAAUUCCUGAUAAAUUAUUGAUAGCUAUCAACCAAACAGGCGUACACUUAUACAAUCCGACAAAUAAACAACAUAUUAUUCAUCAUCCAUUUACAAUACUAAGUAAUUGGAAUAGCGGGAAUACUUAUUUUCAUAUAACCAUUGGUAGUUUAAUGAAGGGUGGUCGAGGUACUCGAUUACUUUUGGAAACAACACUGGGUUAUAAAAUGGACGAUUUGCUCACGUCGUAUAUAAAACUAUUCCUAACGCUGAAUAACACUCCUACAAAAAUGAUUGAAAAUGAAACUGCCAUCAUGUGA